GACUUGCUUCCCAAGUCUGUAGAUCUUUCGAGAAUCUUUCACAACCGAAUCAAUAUUUGAGCUCUGGAACCUUCCAGUCAUUUCUCCAGUACCUUCUAGCUUCUCCCAUUCACUCCCUUCAAAUAUCACUCACUCUCCCCUCCGAAUCGCUACACAACGAAUUUUCACUAUUCACUCUCUCUACUCUCAAACAAUCGUGAAUCGUUUCCUUCCAAUCUCUCAAAUGGCUUCUUCUGUUGCAGUCAAGCGAAUUUUCUCCUCAGGCCUCCUCUCCAGGUCUCUCCGUCCUGUUGCCUCUUCCGCUUCCCGUUCAUUCAACACCAACGCCAUGCGCCAGUACGACGAACGCUCCGAUGAUUCCAAUGUUGCCGAUUCUCGUCGUGCCGAUCGCUCUUUCCCUCGCACUCGCCGCGACGAUUUCCUCUCAGGUAACGUGUUUGAUCCGUUUUCUCCAAGUAGGAGUCUGAGCCAGGUGCUGAACAUGGUGGAUCAGUUGAUGGACAAUCCAUUCCUCUCUGCUUCACGUGGGAUUGGUGCCGGUGGAGCUCGACGCGGCUGGGAUGCGAAAGAGACAGAGGAUUCUCUGCUUCUUCGUUUGGAUAUGCCUGGACUUGGUAAGGAAGAUGUGAAGAUCUCUGUUGAACAGAAUACCCUUACUAUUAAAGGUGAAGGUGCUAAAGAAAGUGAGGAAGAUGAAGAAGGUGCACGUCGAUUCUCUAGCAGAAUUGAUUUGCCUGAGAAGCUUUACAAGAUUGAUCAGAUUAAAGCUGAGAUGAAAAACGGUGUGCUUAAGGUUGUUGUGCCUAAGAUGAAGGAAGAGGAGAGGAAUGAUGUGAUUAAUGUCAAUGUCGAGUAGUAGGUCAAGGUUUUUCUUUUAUUGGUUAUUUUCACUAAGACAUUUUGUUAGUUCUGCACUAGUUGAUGGAUCUAGGUUUUGUUGGUGAGUUAUGUUGCUAUGUUAAAGCUUUUGAGACCUUAGCUUUUCAUUGUAAUAAUCGUUUUUAAAGUAAUGAGUUGAGUUUUUUUUUUUU